AGAUAAUAAAUGUAAUAGUAGGACAUCAGGCAUAUAUGUUAUGUGUUCUCGUAAUAAGUAUCAGCAGAUAUGUGAAAUUAUUUGUCUAAAAAUUCUGCAUCCGAAUCUAUGAUAUUGAGCGUUAACAAUAAAAGUUACGAAGUAUGCAUGGAUUGACGACGAUUUGCUGGCUUCUGAUUGGCUGUGUCUUCGCAUCAUCGCAAUCGUCAGCUCAAGGCGACCGAUGGGUUUGGCGCCGAGUCAGAAGCCCUUCAACUGCAUUGGAACUUCCCUUCAAUCCGUUCGAGCCUUUUCUAUCUUCCGCUGACGAAGCGCGAGCUGCCAGCCCCCAAGCAGAAUCUGGUUCACCAAGAAUAGCUUUCUCGUCAACAGGUCCAGAAACGCUGGAGGCCAUCAACCAAAGAGGCAAUGUCGCUGUUCCGUUAUCAAGUAUUCCUGCAGAUAAUCCGGCAAUUGCGGUUCCCAUCUCAAUUUCCAAUCCGGAAACCUCCGGCAGAAACCGAAACCCAAUUUCUUCAGUUGAUCCACAAAGAGUGGUUCAGAAGAGUUUGGGUAUUGCCCAUUUCACCAUACCGCGUCAGCUAGGUAGACCGGUGACAGUAACAACCCCUACGUCUAAUCACCUGACAAUUGACAAUGAACCUCUCGUAUCUUCCUAUUCAUCGUUAGACGCUGAAGUUUCAGGUUUCAGGGGUUUUCAAAACUCUGGCAACCGCAAUGAGGAGCGAGCUCUCGUCAACCCUGCAGUUAGGAACGGAUUGAUAACGAUUCCUAUCCGUCCUCUUCCCAUAGACAUCUCCCAGUUACCUCUCGAAUCCAAUGAACGAGCUGAAGGAAUUAAAAAACUUUGGUCAUCAUUGACGAGUAGAACCGAGUUCGCUCAAAUAUUCGAGACACUCGCUGGAACAAGAAAUAACAACACAACUUCCAGAAACCGAGAUCAGGUUCAUGAUUCGGAAACUGAAAAUUCAUCCAUUCUACUCGAUCCUCAUAACUCAAUUAGCGAGUCUUUGAUUCGCGUCAUCAAUCCACCUCAGAUUCAACUCCAACAGCAAAUAUUAAAACAGCAGCUACAUCAGCAACAACUGCAGGAGCGGCUGCAACAAAGGCUGCAGGACCAAUUCGAGGCUGCGAUCCAACAGCAGGAGCUGAAAAAACAUUUAGAGAUCAAGAAACUCAUUAGAGAAAGAGAAGAGCAGCAACGUAUCGCCAUACAGCAGAAAGUGGCAGAAGAACAGCAGCGCAUCCAACAACGUGUGCAACGGGUCCUCCUCCAGCAACAACAAAAAUUACAAGAACAGCAAUUGCAAGAGAAGCAGAAAAUCUUGCAGCAGCAACAGGGACCACCGUUAAAUCAGCCAGCUGUUCAUCUCGAAGCUGAUGCAUCCCGCAUAAGUACUCAGACUCCAGGGCCUCUGAGCGUUGAGACCCAGAAUGCGGGUGCCGAGGUUGACGAAACCUUAAGCUCUGCAACUCAGAAUGCAGGGACCCAUAGUACAAGUAGCCAGAGUGGAACCAAGCCCGAAGACAUUAUUCGCCAGAGGCACCUAGAGCUUGUUGCAAGGCUACAACGUCAGAAAACCCCCAAAACAGAUAAAGAGAUCAACAGAACUAAUUCUCAACUCCUAGAACUACGGCGGCGUCUGCAAGAACAAGCACAACGUCAACAACUUCAAGAACAGCGCCAACGGCCAGCACAACGCACUACGGCUAUCAGCACUACAGACCCCUCACCGGAGACAGUAUCAACGUCAUCCGAAGUUUCGCUAAACGCCGUUUCAGCGGAGCGUCUGUCAAUCGUAUUCCCCCCUCGCCUGCCAUCUCCCUCUCGUCUCCUCGCCCUCCCCGACCCUCAGGUAUCAAGCCCUUCCAUAACAAUCACCACCAACAACACCACCAUCACCAACAACACCAACACCAUCACCACCACAACUAACAACAACAUCAGCGGUGUUGGUCAGCUGCUGCAGGCGACAGUUCGGUUUCCCCAGCGCGAAGGAUCUUUCGUUGUCAGAAAAAUCAGGCUACCCGGCAACUACAUCGUGAACGUCGUCUUUGUUCCGGACGAACGCACAACUCUUCCGCCAUCCGCUACACGACCGGAUAUCUCGGAAUCCCCGUCCGCGCUCCGUCUUUUCCAGAGUCAGGAGGUUCAACAAAAUGUGAGAGCUCUUAAGGAUAAGAACGCGGUGCUAGUGGUCGAAGAACUUGUCCGAGAUGGCAAGAACCUAUACCUGAUAAAUACCAUGGAGGGCGAGAGGGUGUAUCCCAAAGAACCCAAGAAGCAAACGGAUGAAGUAGAGGGCAACGUCUGGGCGGCCUUCGUUGGAGUUUUCAGUGAUGAAACAAAGAAAAAUUCCUCAAGAAACUCCUCUAAUCGAGAUGGAAUUCCGACAAUCAACAAUUCUAGUAACACCGCAGGUAUUUCCGCAGAAAGUUUGACUCCCAUCAUUAGGGACACAAGGACCCCUUUGGCCAAAGUAGGUUUUUCUCAGGUAGAACCACAGAAUUUAUCAGAACGACUAAUAACUGGAAACGAAUUUAGGAAUUUUCAAGCGCCCCAUGCAUUUCUCGUAAAGUUUACAGGUCGAGAAGACUACAACCCUUACCCCUCUCUGGACUCCAGUGGUACCCCACAGGAGAGGUUCAACCUGGUGAAUCAACCUGUACAACGUUUGCCAUCAUCUUCUGUCAGUACUCGUUUCUUCAACCCGUUCCAUGAGCCAGUCAGCAAGUCGGUUAGCAAAUCACUUCAAAUUGAAAACCAUGAAGAAAGCGCUUCCCUGGAACUUCAAAUUCCAGUGGAACCCCGAGGGCUGGAGUCUACGCAUUCCAGGUGGCCGUGGCCAGAUGAAGUGCCGGAAUCGCUGGACGAUUUUUUCGACGGUGGACCGAGCAAUUUCCGAACGACUCGUAGCUUAAGAUAGAUUAUAAGUAUAAUGGUAGGUAUAUUUGUACAAAAGUAGUUUAAGGUUACUUCUCCUUUUGUUCCUAUUGUUUCAUUUUUAGUGUCUUAUUUCCUGCACCCAAACAUAUAUUGUUUCUGACGAGAUAUAUUGUUAUGAUAUAUUGUUCUGACGCAAAAGAAAAGACUACCAAGGCCAGAUGAAGCAGGCGUCUAAUUAUUAUUAAAGUCCAUUUGCAGCAAGAUAAAAUCUGCUUAUGCAGUCGAUUUUUUUUAAUUUCAAAUUGAACCUGAUAUGAGAAAAGUUGAUUACUAUAUUCCCAUUUAUAAAUUAUCACGGUAUAAAACAUAUUCCUAAAAAGUGAUUUUAAAUUUUUUCCAUAUGAAGACCCCGACAUUCUCAACACUGUCUAUCGUAGUUGUAUUAAUUAGGAUCGAUCAUCUAACGCGCGAAAUAGAGGAAGAUUUAAAUAUCUUUUCGUGCAUUGGCACUACUACACUACAUAGUAUUACACUACAUACACUACAUAGUAUUACAGUUAUUGAGGAAUAAAAAAAAUGAGUUUUGUGACAAAAUUUUGACUUUCAACCAUUCAAAAAAAAUUAUGAUGCUUGUUGAUUUGAAUGCAACUGACUGUUAUUUGUUUUGAAUUUCGAAGUUCAAUUUCAUUGACAUUGAUAGGCGGUUUCUGCCCAAAAUAAAUUGUAACUUAUUUAUUUUGACUAAUUUAUUUUAUAUUUCAUAAU